AAACACGUUGAACGACUUGAAUGUCUUCAUUUUUCAUGGAGGUGUCAAUAUGGUCAUCAAGAAUCCUAAAAUCAAUUAUAAGGAUGUUGCCAACUUAUGAGAUCAAGGACAAAGUAUCAAAACAAUUAACUGAAUUUACAAAGUUCAAAUCUAAUAUUCUGUCAUCCAGCGGAUGGGAAUUUAAUAACAAUCGGCAUAAAUAUGACUUAUGGAUAGUGAGGAUACUGACAAAUACUGAUUGCUGACGUUUUCAUGUUUUAAAUGCUAACAACCAUCGACCAGCUCGACGAGUGAACGAACUACAGGUGCUGGUGAUUCCUUUCCGAACACUGCCGAGUAACAGACGCAUAACUGCAGUUGAGACAUGAUAAUUGUAGCAGGUUCAACUCUCGCGCUGAUCGCGGGUAUUUUAGUUUUUCCAAAACCAAGGAAUAAAAUCAUGUUUAUUUUAAACGCAUUGAUGUACGAAAUUAAAUACAACGCCUUGGGUGCUUCAGCAGUUGUUAAAGAUCAUGUGUACGCUAGAUACAACAAAACUGAUUUGCCUCGAAAAAGUGGCAAAAUUGCAAUUGUCACAGGUGGUUCUAGAGGAAUUGGAAGUACCGUAGUAAAAAUGUUACUACAAUGCGAUAUGGAAGUAAUCGUUGCAUGCAGAAAUUGCAAAGCUGGCCAUGAUUCUAUCCGCAAAAUCAGAGAAUCUGGAGUUACUUCAGGUUCCGCAAAAGUUUAUGAACUGGAUAAUUCUAGUUUAGAAUCAGUUCGAAAAUUCGCACGGGAGAUUAAACACGACUACAAAAAAAUUGAUGUUUUAGUCAAUAAUGCUGGUAUUAUGUUCACUCCUUAUUCUAUGACAAAAGAUGGAUUUGAGCAACAAUGGGCAGUAAAUUACCUGUCACAUUUCCUUCUAACGUCAUUAUUAUUGCCUCUUUUGAAAAGUGCUGGAAGCCCUAAUGAAAGUACGAGAGUCAUCAAUGUCUCGUCUUGUGCUCACAAUGCUGGAACAAUAGAUUUUGAUGACAUUGAUAGCAGUAAGAGAUUUGUCACCAAAUUGGCCUAUUCACGAAGCAAACUCGCUCAAGUUAUGUUCACCAAAACGAUUCAAGAUCUUUUUUCUGCAAAAAAAUUGCAAAUACAGUCGUAUGCUGUUCAUCCUGGAAUUGUGAACACAGAUCUUUUCCAACAUACACUAUUCAGGCACUUUAAACUGAUCUUGAACUUCAUUUUUAAGACUCCAAAGCAGGGUGCAACGCCAAUUGUAUUUGCAGCUGUAAAUAAAUCAAUUGAAAACAAAGGUGGAAUAUACGUUGCUGACUGUCUAGAAACAUCAGUGAAUCCUCAAGCUCUGGAUUCCUCGGUUAGAGAUCGUCUUUUUAAAAUUUCUCUCGAGCAAGUUAAACUCAAAGACUUUUUCGAAUCUUAAUUAAGGGCCACUUGCACUUUUCACAAAUCAGUUAUUCCAUCCAUGACUAAUUAAAGUCAGAAAUGCAUCCGUAGUUCCUUUGCUGUAUUAUUUAUUGCAGUAUUAACACAUUUUUUAAACCACGGUGGCUGCAUUUACGCUUAUUUUUUAUCCAAUUUUUAACUUGUGCAGUUCAAUGUUCUCUUUAGUUUGUUUAGAAGUAUACGAAGGGUAGCAAAGAAAACAUGAAUUACGUUUUUAAAUGUUUUAAUUACAAAUAUGUACGCCUACAUUUGUAGCGAGUGAGUGUAUUUCAUGAUGCUGUCUAGCGUUAGCAUAAAUUAGAAUCAUAAAAUAUGUAUAGAAUUCCACAUCUGCACCACUCAUUUUUAUAAAAACACCUUUCCUCUUUCUUCGACGCCAUACGCACUUAGCUAAAAAUGAAUUAUUAUCCAGUUCAACUAAUCGCCGAGAAAAUAUUUUUUGUUAUGCUUUUUAAAUAGCAGAUUUACCUCAACACUGUUACAAAUGCGUAGAAUUUUAUCGAAAUAUUUUGUAAAUAAAUCUUCCCCAGACAGAUCUGAAAUAAAUGACUUUCAGAGGCA